UCAUGUAAUGGCCAGGCCGGGUCAGCGUUAGUCGUUAUUCCUCGAUCCUUCACGCUUUUUCCAGUCUCACUAUUUUCCGGCAUUUAACGUUAUCUGCGUAUUUAUAACCGACGAAUUCGCUGAGUUAUACUAAAUUCUUCCUGGCAGAUCAAGAGUAUUUUUUGUCGGUAAAUAAUUAGUCGACAAUGGGGUGGUUUCACAAGCCAAAGGGUUAUUAUGCCGUCGCCAACGGCCGAGUGCUUGGGAUCUACGACAAUUGGGCGGAUACUAAAGAACAGGUCUUGAAGUUUAGCUAUUGUGAUUAUCGCAAAUUUUUUUGUUGGGAUGAUUGUUUCAUGUACUUGAGAAAUCAGGGAAUGACGGAAGGCGAUUUUGAAUUCGUAUGUCAAAGAACACACCAAGAACGACACAAUCCUCACCAAAAAUUCUACGCGGUCGCUGUGGGAAGGCGUCCAGGGCUCUACACCCUCUGGGCCAACUGUAAGGAUGAAGUCUUGGGGUACAAGGGGAGUGACUGGAAAGUCUUUGAAUGUAAAUUGGACGCCAAGAAGUUCAUGAAGAGACGAGGGCAUAAAGAGUAUUACUGUGAGAAUGCUCAACCCCAAAUACCCAAUCCCCUUGAAAAUAUCACUUUCAAGAAAGAUAAGAAGGGGAGGGUAAAAGUUUAUACCGAUGGAUCGUCUCCAAUGAAUGGACUUCCUGGAGCCACUGCUGGCAUUGGAGUCUGGUGGGGCCACGAUCACCCUCUUAAUCUGUCGGCGGCAGUGGAAGGAUCCAAAGCCACCAACAUCGUAGCUGAAAUCCAGGCAGCGAUUGCUGCCUGCCGAAUCGCAGUGGAAUUCAAGAUCGAUAAACUUGUAAUCUACACGGACUCGGAGUAUAUCAUCAAAUGCAUGAGAGAGUGGUGGAGUACUUGGGUCAUGAAUGGCUUCAUGAACGCUCGGAAUAAGCCUGUGGAGAAUAAAGAAAUGCUGCAGGAGCUCAAGACAUGUAUGGAGAAACUGGAUGUGCACUUCCAAUUCGUAGCUGCACAUAGUGGAGUGAAAGGAAACGAGGCAGCAGAUGCGUUGGCCAAAGAAGGAGCCAAAAAGUCCAAUGAAGAAUGAAGUGGACUAGUCAACAGACAAUCCUAUGGUUUAAUUUUAUUUUUACUCACAUAUUUUUUUUUCUUUAUGUAUGACGCAAAAAUCGCAGAAAAUAUUCAAUAUAAAAACGGGAUAUUUUUCCUAAUGAAUUUUACCGCGAUUCUACUAGAUUUCUAUUCCAAUUCUAUGAAUUUUUCUGAUCGAAAACAAUUUCAAAGAUAUUAAAAAUAUUUUUUUUUACCAAAAUGGGAAGAAGUCCCAUGAAAUGACAACUAGUUUUCAUUUACUACCAUUAAAAAUCUCGGGGAUUUUUUAUAUUAAACGUCUCUAUUAAGGUACACUCAGUGCAAAAUAAUUUUUAAGUUUAUGAGAAUAAAAACAAAAAUGUUUGCAAAUAAGUCAAUUUAUUUUGUGGUUUUUAGUAACUUUAUGAGGUGUAAGUAGAAGUCAGUGUUUGGAAGGCCCAGACCUUCCUGGGACGUCUUCCUUUCUCGAUGGCAUGCCACUAAUGCGCCUGAGAAGGUGGUAGAUGUUUUCUGGAGUCACACCCAUCUCCAGAAGUUCAUCAAUUAUCCUGA